CGCACGCCUGCACAAGGAAGACUCACCCACCCCCACCCCCCGCCUGGAGCGCCAAAUGGCGGCGUUGCGCAGGCAGCAUGAGCAGAGCGCCGAUGUCAUCAUCGCAAUGAAAACCGCGGCCAACCGAGCGCAUCGAUCGCGUCCGGCUGUGCAAAGAAGGACGGGGCGGGUCGCUGCGAGCUCCCUCUCACGCACCCGGCGAUUAGCACGACAUCUACAGAAAGAGGCCCAGUCUCAACACAAUAAUUCAGAAUUCACAGAAGAUCAAAAGAAAACCAUAGCUAAAAUAGCAACAUGCUUGGAAUUGCGAAGUGCAGCCUUGCAGUCUACACAGUCACAGGAGGAAUUUAAACUGGAGGAUCUGAAGAAACUAGAACCAAUCUUAAAGAAUAUUCUCACCUAUAAUAAAGAAUUCCCUUUUGAUGUUCAGCCUGUUCCACUCAGGAAGAUCUUGGCACCUGGAGAAGAAGAGAACUUGGAAUUUGAGGAAGAUGAUGAAGAAGGUGGGGCUGGAGCAGGGUCUCCAGAUUCCUUUCCUGCUAGAGUUCCAGGAGCAACUGAAGGAACUCUAUUACCCAGGCUGCCAUCUGAACCCGGGAUGACAUUACUUACCAUCAAAAUUGAGAAGAUUGGUUUGAAAGAUGCCGGUCAGUGCAUUGAUCCUUACAUCACAGUUAGUGUAAAAGAUCUCAAUGGGAUAGAUCUCACCCCUGUACAGGAUACUCCUGUGGCUUCAAGGAAAGAGGACACAUAUGUUCAUUUCAACGUGGACAUUGAGAUCCAGAAACAUGUUGAGAAACUAACUAAAGGUGCAGCUAUUUUCUUUGAAUUCAAACACUAUAAGCCUAAGAAAAGGUUUACCAGCACCAAGUGCUUUGCUUUCAUGGAGAUGGAUGAAAUUAAACAUGGAGCAAUUGUUAUAGAACUGUACAAAAAACCCACCGACUUUAAGAGGAAGAAACUGCAGUUGUUGACCAAGAAACCACUGUAUCUUCACCUCCAUCAAACAUUGCACAAGGAAUGACCCUUUUGUGAGACUUCUAUGACCUAAACCACUUGCUACAAAUCACAGUAUCUCUGCAUUUGUGUGUUUGUGUAGCACACUCAUCCUUCAACAGGCAGGCCAGUGCCUGUACUCAUGCCAGGAGGCCAACUGGGACCAUCACAUACUGCACAGCAAUACCACAGAGUCAAAUGUCAAGCCUACCCUUUGAGUACAAGUUUAUUCCUGUACCUUCUGGAUACAGGUCUUAUCCCAAGAGUUCUAAAGAAGCUUUUGACUGAUUUUGCUCUGCAUAAUUGAGCUGUUCAUAAAAAAACAAAAAAAAACAAAACCAAAAAAAAAAAACACUGCAAACUUCAGUUUUAUACCUUACCAUUGUUAUCUUUUCCCCCUCAAGUGCUACUAAAGAUGGAAGGGUGUCCCUUUUGCCAAACUGAUACAGCAAUAAAGACACGGCAGGUUAUGUAACCCGUUGACAUUUUGCUGUGCUAUUGCAGCACUCUCAUCAGCAUAUGAGUUCUCUCUUUGGACUGAUUGGGAAGGUAGGGGGAAGUGAUGCUAGAAAGGGAGUUUUCAAAGAUGAAUGUUAGUGCUGUGCCUGAGAGGUUUAAAAUAGGGAGGAUCCUGGUCAAAGAGAGACUCAAUCCAACAUAAAAAUGCUACCCUAGCAAACUUGUUUACAAGCCUUAUUUUCUUAUCUGGCUCUGGGGAGUGAAUGAUGAGCUGCAAAGGAGACAACCCAGUGAUGACAACUGAUUUCUCUCAAUCCUGUUCCUGUAGUAAUUUGAUAUGCAUCAUCUGGUUUAAGUGACUUUCAGGUAAAACUUCCAUGUUAAGUGCUAGAAUAUAAAUGCUGAUUGCUCCCUUCAACAGCUAAAUCUUUUUUUUUUUCUUCCCAAUACUACUUUCCCACUUCCCCUAAUAAAAGUGGUUGGUAAGGGGAGAUAGUGGUUUGCUACACGGAUUUCAGUGGUAACAGAGUUGGUCCCCUAAUUGUCAACAAGCCCAAAUUAUUAAUGGCAAUCUGGCUAAUUCAAGCUAGUGACUGAAGAUGUACCCUACAUCAGAAACUGCUGUUUUUCUGAAGCUGAUUGUGGAUCCUCGCAUACCUCUGUUUGUAUGCAAGUCUGGAUAUUUACCUUGACAUUACCUUUUUUUAUCCAAGUAGGUAGAUAGGAUUACCAUUUAUUUUCUAUGUUAUUGAGAUUCAUAAUGUAAUAAGCUGCAGGUCAUUGGCUUAUUAUAACAUGAAUAUCUGCAUCUACCUUUUCCCUUAAAGGGAAAGGUAUAGAACCCAUUCAAACCUUUCAUAUAUUCAAUGAGUGGAAUAUUUAAUGCAGUACUUUAAGGUCUGUGCUUCAUGUGUAUCUUAAGUAGCGCCUCCAUACACUUUGCUAUGUUAACAGAAGACCCAGCACCAGGACAAUGCAGGGUCAAAUGUUAGCUUUAAUAAUGUGGAUGUAAGUAUGCUAGUCAUUCUUUUCCUUCUCUACUAUGUAACUAGCUCUAGAAUACUGUUUACAGUGAGUAAAAUGAAAAAGAUUUCACACUGCUCGUGGCCUACUCAGCUGUUUGCUGGAGCAUUCUUUUUGGCCUAUUGAAGGGAACUGAGACUCACCAGGUGGUUAAAAACAGGGUAUGUCUGAAGUUGGAAGCUGAAGUUUCAUCUUGUCUUCUUCCCUUUCUGCUGUUCUGGCAUAAUUGUGAAAGAAUUAACCUCACCGAUCAAUUAUUUUGCAGUUUUCCCAAUGCCAAGCAUACUUUACUGGAAUUUCACUAAUGGUUGAAGAGCUUAAGAACAGUUUUCUUUUCCUGUUAACAGUUCUUAAGGGAACCCAGUUUUAACCUUUUAGAACAGAGUAUUGAGCUGUAAACACAAACACUAAACUGGUGAUUAAUUUAGUUUUGUUAUAAUACAUGUAAAUAAAUGGACAGUGGUGUUCUUCCACUGCGUAUCUAGUAGCAUUGGAAGGCUAAAUGCUCACUAAAAUCACAGUAUCUUUUGGCUACAGGAAUACAACUUUUCUUUCCAUAAUACAAAAAUAUGUAUAGCCCCAAUCAAGCAAAGUAAUUGGUUAACCUCUAAGAAUAUGAAUAAACCCAGUUAAGUCAAUGGCUGUAUUCAUGUGGAUCAAUGUUCUGCUGUGUCCCAUAGCCUAGUAAAGGUUCACUGUAAAAUGGGAGCUUCUUUCUGUGGUGUACGUUUAUGCAUCAGAGUACUAGCACGGGUUCAUAACUAGUAAAUGUUCUGGUAUUUGCUAUGACCAUUAAUCACAAGGGAGAUGAACAAGUAUAUCUACUGCCUUCAAAAGGGGCAGGGGACCUGCUGUUUGGGCUUGUAAAUCAGCUGGUACAACAUAACUGUUACUACUGCAGACUCCUGUAGAUAUACCAGCCACCUCAUUUAUUGUAAAGUAGGAUUAAAGUUGCAAUGGUUUUGCUACAUUUGAUAAGGGGGACCAGUUGUUGCAUCUGUCUCCUUCUAAACUGUACUCACCCCUCCUAAGAAUUUACUUCUAAAGCAUUUAAUCUUUUCUUAAAUGGGAGAAUCUGUUGAAGAUACUAGCAUUGUUCCAGAGGGAAAAAUAGUAACUUUUAAACUUGAAGGAGGUCACUCUCCAGUGCAGGUGUUUAUGCAAGUUAAUUAAUUUUACUGGCAAAAAAGCCAGUCUAUUUUAAAAAAAAAAAAAAAAGCAUUUGAACUACCUUUCUAGUUAAACUACACUAAUAAAUCUUUUUCUCAGCUUGGAGAAAUACUCAUACACUUCCUUGUGUAUUUAACUUGAUAUUCCAUGUACUGUGUUUGUUUUAAUAGGAUUAUAGCUUUGUAUUAACUAAUUCACACUGGGUGUCUCUAUUGCAUAGACGUCACUUGUGUUUGCAAUUUUUUAUUCUUCAUGAGCUGACUUUCAUUGAAAAA